AAGUGUAUUAACAUGUUAACAGGUACCUUACCUAAGACAUGUGUGGCUCUGUGCCACUUCAAGUUUCCAAUUAUAAAAGCCAAUCUAUUGAGUAUAACUUUGAAUAGUGGGAAUUGACUCUUUACCAUAGUGUAAGUUGGCGGUUUAGAAGGCGCCGAGUCGGUACGGUACAUAGGCACUAUGUAGCUCAUAGGCUCAUUGGUCUACGAUACCAUUACGCAAUAAGGCGUUGAGCUUUGAGUUACGUUGGGAGGUUGUGGCUGCGCCUUGCCAGCUUAUCUUAAACUUUGGGGUUAAGUACGAUACUCGAGGUCGUACUUGACCUCGACUUUGCCUUGCUUGCAAAGUCCGAACCUUAUUAGGAACGCGGCCUCGUUGCACUGCUCCGUUGCAAUUGCCCAUUAUCAUUAACCCCCAUUUUUCCUCCCUCUUCUUAUUCUUAUUUCAUUUCUCUUCCCCUCACUUUUAUUCCUUUCUUCUUCUCAUCUUUCCUCGUAUCCUUUUAUUUUUCCCUUCUCAAUUUUUUCCCUUCGCCUUCCGUACACGAUUUUGAAGACGGAAACAUCAGGGUUUAUACGGACGUCCAUGUCCCUUCCGAUAGGCACGCGGAUUUAAACGAUGCCUGUUCCCGUUGUGGCCAAAGUUGGCGUCGUCGCCCUCACGGUUGCUGUCGCAGCUGCUGUAGCGGUCUACGAAUCGCCCGAAUUACAGCGCAUGGCAAGCGAUCUCCGACGUCGAAUUGCCAUCGCACUCCACGCCCUCGGCGACAGUGUAAGCCCUGCAGAACGAGAGAACCUUUUCAAUAGACCCGAAGAUGCCGAAGGAUUUCUACGAUCCAGAGGCUUUGGUGUUGACGGAGAACCUGGCGUCGAUGCGGACGAUGAAACUCGGCGAAGACAACGAGAAGAAUUAAUGUAUUGGAAUGCUGUGCGCGAGGGAAAGAAAGAAAAGGAACGCAACGACCCGGAAAAAGCAAACGUUUCACGUUCGCGGGCUUCAACAAGAGGCUCGAGUUUCGACGACUUCAUGCGACAGGAUAGCAACGCUGAGAAAGGUACAUUUGUUUUCCAAACCGGAUCUGAACUACAAAACACCGACGGCCUACUUCGACGACGUGGCGAGGGAGCACGAGGUCUCGCCCAAUCCGCCUACACGAACCCUUUUACUGAUGAGCACGGAAUCGACGAGCACAUUGCCUUCGAAAACAGUUUAGUAGAGCCUGAAAAGGAUGAAAUGGACUCGGAUAUCUACAGCGCUAGCACACAAUUUGGCUUCAAGAGUGAAACUGCACAACUUACUACCCUAUCGCCCGCUCCCAUUGAGGUCAUUCCGCCGUUAAUUAGUCUCGCGGACCACCAGCCGGCUACGCAAACGCAACCUGCUCAACCUUCCGAGCGAGAACUAGGCCCUAACGAAUACAUGACUGCCGGACAAGAUGACAGAAACGAUGCGUAUACCUCUAUUCAGGCCUGGGCCCAUGACACUUCAAAUGCCAGCUUCUACUCCCCGCUACCAGUAUCACCUGCUGCACCUCUUUCAGAUGCCGAAUUCUUCAGCGAAGGCGCUCUGACUCCGACAGAUUCUGCCUCGGUAGCUGGCUCCGGUGAUGAUCUUGGCGAUGCUGUAUCUGCUAGGUCAUGGACCGAGGGCCGACACUACGAUGUUAUGAGUGAUGAUGGGGGCAUGAUGACUCCUGCAAGCUGGACCGAAGUUGGAAGCGUUGUAAGCGAAAGUGAUGCUGGUAUGGCACACCACAACUAAGAAAGACAUAUGCCUUUCAUCUUCCAUUUAGCAUAUUCAUUCUCAUGGCAUGGCGUAUUUUGGGCAAGGUAUCUGGACAUUGGCAGGGUAAUGGAUUCAAUAUUGAGCUUUGAUUUGUUUUGAUGUUAGAAAAAUUGGCUUAUAAGAUGUAGUAUUUCGCACUAAAUGGGUAUCUAUGGCUCGUCUCCAAUAAAAUAAAGAGAAAACAGUUCCGCCAACUCUUAC